AUGGGCGCGCCUCCCACGAAGUUCCCGUCCGGGUUCGACACCUCGCGCGUGUGGUCCCCCGCGGGCGGGUGGUUCGCCGAUCCCAAGGCGUGGAAGCGGAACACCGCGAUCGGGUUCCUCGCCGCGGGCGCCGCGGCGGUCGCGAUCUUCAGCUACAGCCGGAAGGUGGAGCAACGCCCGCUGUCGCCGACGCGACGGAUCCCGAGCCAGGCGUGGUGCGACAACUUCCCGGAGGACGCGCCGAAGAAGUGA